GAACACCUCGCACAAGCGCGAGCUCGUCGAGAAGGAGCUCGACGAGACGCUCGCGCAGCUCGGGCUCGACUAUCUCGACCUCUACCUGGUUCAUUGGCCGGUGGCGUUCAAGCCGGGCAAGGGGCUCUUUCCGCAGAAGGCGGAUGGCUGGGUCGACCUCGAUGUGGAGACGCCGCUGACGGAGACGUGGGCGGCGAUGGUGGGGCUGCUCAAGACGGGGAAGGUCAAGGCCGUUGGUGUGUCAAACUUUAGCAUCGAGCACAUCGAGGGCAUCGUCGAGGCUACGGGCGUGUGGCCGACCGUGAACCAGGUCGAGGCGCACCCGCUCCUCCAGCAGGACGAGCUGGUCGAGUUUUGCAGGAAGCACAAUAUCCACAUCACCGCGUACAGCCCGCUCGGGAACAACAUGUUUGGCAAGCCGAGGCUCACGGAGUACCCCGAGGUGCGGGAGAUCGCCAAGAAGCUGAAUGCGACGCCGGCGCAGGUGCUCAUCGCGUGGGGCACCCACCGCGGGUACUCGGUCAUCCCCAAGUCUGUGCACAAAGACCGCAUCGUUUCUAACUUUCAGCAGAUCACGCUGCCGCAGAGUGACUAUGAGGCGUUGACUGCGCUGGGCAAGAAGAACCCGACGCGGUACAAUAUGCCGUUCUGUUACUCACCGCAUUGGGAUAUCAGCGUGUUCAAUGACCCCGCCGAGCAGGGCGCGACGCAAAGGCCCAAGGUGAAGUGA